AUGUUGGGCAAAGGGAGCUUCGGCACGUUCAUGGCCACGUCGAGAAACCCCGACUCAUUUCCACCGCCGGAGAUGGCCGUCAAGUUCGCCCCGGUCCAAUUCUCCCACACGCUCCGGUCCGAGAAGGAAAUCAUGUCCAAUCUCAACGGCUGUCCGAACUUGAUCCAGUGCCUCGGCGAGGAAACCACCGUCGGGGGCGAUGGCAGCGCCCUGUUCUACAACCUGAUGCUCGAAUUAGCUACCGGCGGGACUCUCUCCGACCGAAGUUCGAGCGGCGGCCUCCCCGAGCCCGAGAUGAGGUCCCACACUCGAUCCAUCCUGGUGGGCCUUGACCACAUCCACUCCCACGCCUAUGUCCACUGUGACAUCAAGCCCGACAACAUAUUGCUCGUGCCCGACGGCGAAAACAGCUUCACGGUCAAAAUCAGUGAUUUCGGGCUGGCCAAGAGGGAGACGGUAGGGCCCGGAAAGUGGCAGGGCACGCUCAUGUACCUGCCCCCGAAGGCGAUUACCAAAGGGUUGCAGGAGGCGGCAUGGGACGUGUGGGCGGAGGGUUGCGUGGUGGGGGAGAUGCUAACGGGGCGGCCGUUGUGGAAGCCCGGAAAGGAGGAGGAGAUUCUGCGGAGGAUAGGAGGAGAUUGGGAAUAUUUGAGGAUUCAGAAGUGUGUGUAG